GAAACACCCGUAAAAGUGCAUAUCUAAGUUGCCCAUACUCGACCAGUUGUGUUAAACUAAGCGGUACUACACUGCGCGGUUUCUCGUAAAUUCGAUACUAUGGCAACGCAGGACUUUGGAGGUGUGGUCAAUUAUCAAACCUAUACACCGCAGCCCAUGUCGACCUCGACAAAAGUGCUCACUCUUUCGCAUCCACAGUCACCAGCACCCUCACCUGGUCAGCAGAAUUACUACGCACAGCCAGCUGGGCAACAACAAUACGCAAGCCCGUUUCAACCAGUUUCACCCCAAUCCUAUCAAACAGUACCGCGUUUUCAACCGGGUCAACCUCAAGUGUUCACCGUGGGGUCGAACCAAGGACAACAGCCACAACAGAACUACCGAGUGAUUACGUCACCCGGGCAGCAAGCCACACAACCAAAUGCGAUUUAUUUUGGUCAGCCGCAGCAACAACAAAUUCCCCAGUACGCAUCGUAUCAAUCGCCACAACAGCCGCAAUCGUAUCAACCUGUGCAACCACUACAAACCUGGCAACCGGCCGCACAGCAACAACUGUACCAGUCACCGCAACCAGCUGGUCAGGUUAUGUUCGCACAGCCUGCUGCACGGCCUGCGCAACAGACAAACGCGCCACCAUCGGCCGUCUCCUACCAAACUCAGACAUCCAUUCGGGACGGCCAGCAUGGUAGCUCUGUGACGAUGUACCCGACAGCCAAUCAGCAACCCGUAACAGGUCAACCAAUCAGCAUGCAGUCUAGUCAACAGCACCAGCAGUGGGCUGCCCCAGCACAAUCUGCACCUGCGCAAGUCUAUCCACCUCAGCAACAUCAACAACCUCGGGUAUAUAGUGCCGUACCGGCGGGACAAACUCAGCCUCCGCCCCCACAACAGACACAGUUUGGACAACAGCCUUCACGAGCUCAGCAGGUGAGCAGUGUGCAACUGCAACAAACUCCAGGUGGUUAUCAAGCCCAGCAACAAUAUCAACAGCCUAGCAACCAGUUUGUGCCGCAGUCUGACCAGGUUACCGUAAGUCCACAACAACAGCAACAGGCCUACCAAGCACGUCCUCCGGCAUCACCAGGACAGUUCGGUUCACAACAGCUUCACAAGAGAACACCGUCUGUUGGAGGUCCAACAAGAAAUAUCAAGGUUAAAUCUUUGCCAAUGAGAAAUUCGGCCAGUAUUGACGGUCUUGACUCGACCGGACCUCCACAGUUCGUCCAACAUCCGGUCGGACAGAUUAACGUGAGCGAGGGGGAACAGACCAAUGUGACUGCUCGUGUGCGACCCGCCGGGGACAGCAGUCUGCGUGUAGAGUGGUACAAGAAUGGAAAGCCACUGUCCGCAUCCUCUCGUUUCAACACUAUUUUCGAUCGCGGCUACGCUGUUUUGGAAUUCCUGUACACUAACGAGGAUGACACGGGUGAUUAUUCGUGUGUUGCCACCAACGACUCCGGUCAAGAUCAGUCAUCGAGUUGCCACAUCAAUGUUAUACCUGAGGAAAAUGUCAUCACCGACUCACAACUCCCUGACGAAUCGAUGAUUGCCAAUCUGGCUGCCAUGGAAAAUCAGAUGAUGCAGAAUGGCUUGGCUCGCGGAACACGAUAUCGAGACGAACCAAAGUCCACGCGCCUCCCACAGUUUGUCAAGCCCUUGAACCCACAAACGGGACUGCGUGAAUCAGCUCCGGCGCAUUUCGAGACCAUCAUCGAACCGGCAAACGACAGCAGUUUGGAAGUCGAGUGGUACAAGGAUGGGAAGCCAGUUAGUAUGGGCUGUCGUUUCAACGCCAUUCUGGAUCGUGGAUUUGCCGUACUGGACAUAUUGUACUGUUACCCGGAGGAUAACGGAGCCUACUGGUGUAUGGCAAAGAAUUCUCUGGGACAGGUUCAGAGCAAUGUGGUUGAACUUCAAUGUAGCCCCGAGGCCAGUAUUGUGACAAACUCUGUGCUUUCAAAGGAGUCUGUCUCGUAUCUGCAAAGUCUGGAUAACUGGGGAAGCGAACAGAUGUCUGGAUACGACCGACCGCCAAUCGAGGAUGAAGAACCUCCAUCUGCUCCGUCGUUCGACAUCCUUCCAGUUGCUCUCACAGUUACCGAAGGCAAUCCGGCGCGGUUCUUGGUCAAGGCUGGAGGAUUCCCUCGGCCAAGGGUCCAGUGGUACUUGGACGGCGAACUGUUGGCAUCGACAGGUGGUGGUGGAAACUGGCGAGUUUACCAAGACGGGGGCAUCAGUCAUUUGGAAUUUCAUCGUGUCGGUUCACCGUGUACCCAAAAGGUUCUUGCUGUCGCUCGGAACAAUUUGGGUGAGGCCUCCGCGGAGACGGUGUUGGUGAUUGAACCACAGAUCGAUUUCCGUCCAGAUCUUCGUCAUGUUGAGCCAGAAAAUCCUUUCAAAAAAUUAGCUCAACUAAAGAAAGUGGAACGCACCAGUGAGUUGAACUCGGCUUUCAAUCGACCCCGACCUCAGGCGCUGGAUCUACGCCGUAUCGAAAGACAGGCUGAGUACAAUGCUCGCGCAGCGGCCGAGAACGAGGCUUUAGAAGCGGAGAACUUGUACGCACGUGUUCAGUCGCAAUUACGAACGAGCCGACGAUCCAGUCAACCACCGCCAACACCUCCACCGACUCGACAGGCCCCAGCAACAAAUGCGCCGCCACCGCAACAACAUCAGCGUGCGCUGGCACCGGAGCCUCAACCGAAAAAGCAAACAUAUCAGCCUCCACCGAUGCAACAACCCCAACACCAAGUCCAGAUGCAGCCGCCGCCGGCGCCGCAGGCCCCACAGAUUCCAAAACCUCAAGUAGUACCUCCACCGCCACCACCACCAGCACCUGUGCAAGCGGUGCCUCAGUCACCUCCAGCACCGCCCCAGAAGAUAAUCCAGCAAAACCCGAUGCCCCCACCACCACCAAUGCAUGAGGCACCGAUGUCUCCAGCUUCCCCUCCUCCACCCCCACCCCCACUCAUGAGUGGCGGAAUGACAAAUGCGGCAAUGAGCCCAGGCUACGAAGCCAAGACCGAGCUAAUGCAUGACGAGAUCAGCGCGGAUUUCACCAUUGAGCUUUGAGUGAAUGAAGCUCACAAAUGGACACUUUACCCCUCUCAAAUGCAUUUUAUCAGAGUCGCCCACAACGUACUACUCAACUUCUAUAACCUCGUUUACUCCCUCAACCAAACUGUUCUCACCCCCCGCCACACGAGCUAUUGGAUUUUCUGCUUAUCUUCUGUGUCUGUCAGUUAUCGUGUUUUCAAAGUUUUCUGUUUCGUUCAACUCACGGUUAGAAAAUUUUCCCGCUUCACCCCAUACACAUGACUUCAGUAUUUGAAGCGUGCUGACACAUUUCGGCCCGUCUGUGGUUACCGUUAUUUAUGAUUCUACUGUGGGACUAGAACCGUCUUUUUUGCUGCUUUCUCCUCUUUCGGAACUUAACUUGGCAAGGAUUCGUUACAUUCGCCACAACCUGGCUAUGUGGGGAAAGUGCGUCAAUGGAGGCCAAACAGAGGGUGGGAUUCACCCAUCCCUAAAAAGGACAUCAAAGAAUUCGAGCUUACUUUCAAACAUUAUCUACAUUAUCUCUACUCGCUUGCCCUACUCCCCGUAGAAUGAGCUACAACCCUUACCGUGCACAAACAGCCCUAUUUAGUUAGAUUCUGAUUUCAAGAGAAAAUCCACCUACUGAUUUCGCAUCAGUAGUCAGUUAUCUAAAUUGGUUUCACAAAUAAAUUCCCAUCUGAGUCAACG